AUGAACAGCAUUGCUUCUCUUUCUCUCCCCUCUUCAAAUGUUGGUUUAUCAGCCAGCUACCCCGCUUCCGUAAUCUCUGUUCCUUAUAGCGGAAAGAUGGUCACUUCCAGUGAUGGCACAAGUUCGUUGGAUGCACGGUCGAUCGUUGUCGACGUCAUUAGGAAAUCAAAUCUUGAGACUCCAGCAAAUCGCCAACCAUCGUACGAGGAACUGGUACGCAUGCUCGAAGAGGCUACCAAGAACCCGCCGGGAAGAACAGCCUGGGAGGAGAUCGUUUGGUUCGUCAUCGAAGUGUUGGGCACAUGUAUUCUGGUAGGCGGUGUCCAGUGGUGUUGCUCAGGUUGCGACGUAUCCGCCAUCGAGGCUGCUUGUGCUGGGGCAGGAACCAGACUGCGCAUCCUGCUCUAUGCCCCCUUGCAAGAACCCGAGCUCCCGCAGGGAUCCGUACCACCGAAGUCGACAUUGGAGCCUCCAGUCCCUAUCAGGGUCAACCUUGACACGUGGACCAUGAUCAGGCGGUACCUCGAAAGUAUGUCACCGGUCGAAGGAGAGUCAAACCAGCCCCGGAUGUUCAUGGGUUCCAUGGCCGGGAACUCGGUUACGGCUGUAUGCUAUCAGACGCAACGACCCGACGGGACUUGGCGACGUCGCGACUUCACUGUACAAACACGGGGACCACUCAUUCCCCCCGUUACGCUGCCAUCUGAUCUGGAGGAUGAUGGCACUGAAGCUGACUCCGGCAUAGACAGCGGCCGGUUACAGGCUGGGCCCCCAGGAUGGGACUGGUCAACACGAUCAAGUGUUUGGAAAACCGGGACAUAUGCAAACAUUCCCAUGGCUCAUCAGCAUCCAAUUCUGAGUUUGAGCCCGAAGAUCACUAUUGCAUAUUACUCUGUCAUUGAAUAG